UAUGGAGUCAUGUACUGGACAAAAGUCACGCUAUAGAGUGUCGUGUUGCGUAGUAGAGUGUCGAGGUGCAAUAUAGAUCCCAAGGUCGCGAGGCGUAGUAUAGGUGGACGCGAGGCGAAAUAGAGAGUCGCGAGGCGUAAUAGUGAGACGCGUAUGUAAUAAUAGAGAGAUGCGAGGCGUAAUAGAAGGACGCGAUGCGUAACAGAAGGACGCGUUGCGUGAUGGAAAGACGCGCAAACAAGGGCGACGCGGCGUGUAGGAAGAGGGGACGCGUACUUUCGCGCCAUUUGCCUUGGUUACCCGUGAAUAAAUUUCGAAUUUUUUCAAUUGACUGGCAAAUUAAUCAAGACAAAACACGAAAGAAAAAGUAAGUUUUUGUAGCAGCUGGGCUGACCGUUCUCUCUGAUUUUUUCUCUCCUGUUUUUUUAAUUUCUGCUGUAUUAUAGUUAUAUUCUGAUAAAUUGUGAGAAGUUGCUAAUUCAUAAGUAUGUGUAGUAGUGAAGGGAAGCAAUGUAGGGCAACGACGACAUUUGUCAACACAGGUAUAGCUGGCACCCCCCCCCCCCUCCUCAUAUAUAUUUUCUCAUUAAAAUUUGUAAUGGGCUAGCUAUACUAUUGCUAUAAAUAAUGGAUUAUAUUAUUUGCCCUAGCAACUUUUACUUCCUUUUUUCCUUCCCUUGUAUACACCACCAAUCAACCCCCCUCCCCCUGCAACGAGGAGGGUGCCGAUAAGCCGAAAAAUGUUAUUACACUGCUUGCAUGCUAUUCUGUUAUAAGCAAUGUGCUGUUUUUGUAUUAAUAUUGUGUUUUGUAUCACCAUGUGAUUACAAUGUUUUGAUAGGUAAACAGGGCAGCUUAUAAAACAGAACGUAGGACUACGACUGGUAGUUAAAUGGAACUGUGCGGUGCAUAUGCAUGUGUACAACAACACUGUCAACAGGUGUAUUGUAAUGAUGGCAAAUUUCUCAAGUUUUGGUUUUCUUCAAGUGACACUGCACCCAUUUUCAAGAAUUUUAAAUAAUGCAGCAAAUAUGUACAAUGUUCUUAUUCGAUUUUCCUUUAAGGAUAUUCUUAAGACAUUUUUAAAUUUUUGUCUUACUAUCGUGAAUAUUUAUCGGCAUGGUUGUAAUUUUCAAAACUUUCAAGCUAAAUUGUAUGUGAUGUUUUAGGAAUUAAAAAUUGAUUCAGCAUGCAGAAAGUGAAAGACGCUAUAGACAGACUGAAUAAUGCAUUGGAUGGUCUGUCAUCAUCAACAACAAGUACUCAAAAUAAUCCAAAUCAGAACAUCUUCCAGAGUCCAAACUCACAUCCAAGUCCAAACUUACAUCCAAGUCCACAACAUCAGAGAAUUCUACAAGAUUUCAAUAAGCAAUUUCCAGCGUUGAAUGCUGGUGGUAGCCGAUAUCGCCCACAAGCAAAGAAACCACGUCUCUCUAAUAACUUCAUUAAGGACACAUGGACCCAUAAAUUCUGUGCACUGAGCUACAAAGAUACAUCAGUUUCACCUAAUACACGUGAAUUAAUGGAGCUAAACCAAGUUGGUCUCGGAAUUGAAAAAGUUGUUUUUCCUUCCAAAACUGGAACACAUGCUAUGCUUCUGGAAGAGUUAACAAAAGCUUAUCCAAAAUUAUCAUCACAGAGUGGUGGCAUUGAACUUCUGAGGGCUGAGAGUGGUGGAAUAAACCGACCAUUGGUGUUGAUACCACCAAGAAAAGAUGGUUAUUCUAUCAGCUAUUUAAAAAAUUUAGUACCCGGUCACGCUGUAAUAUACAUCAGACCAGUGCAGAGCGACUUACCAAUGGAGGAACCAACUAUGGAUUCAGGUAUUGAAGUUAACUGUGUACGAUGUAAUCAGAAAUAUCCGUUAAAUGAUUUAAGAUUCCAUCAAGCUUAUUGUCAACUUGAUGAUGACAUUUUUCCAGAGAUGAUAGACGAUGAAGCUGGGCCAUCGAAUGAAAAAGAAGUAGGAAGUACUUCUCCCCAUAUCGAUACUUUGUCGGCAAUGUUUCCUCGAAUCUCUAAAGCCACAAUUCAGGACAUUUUACGGAAUACCAAAUCUAUCGAUGUGGCAGCCAAUAUUUUGAGUGAGAAAAGUGCAAGUGAAAAUAUGUCUGACAUGCUGCAAAUUAAAUGUGUAGAUAAGGACAUGUCUUUAAAAGAAAUUCUCAAUCAAAUUACAUCUCUUGCUUCAGAAAAUGAUACAAUCACUUUGGAAAUUGAACGUGACAAUCUUUGGAUGGAAUCCUUGAGAUUUUACAAAAGGAACCUUGUGAAUUCUCAAGUUAUGACCAAAAAAUUGAUCAUUGAGUUUAAAGGAGAGGACGGCCUUGAUGGUGGGGCAAUGAAAACCGAAUAUUUCAACCUUUUGUUAGAAGAAGUUAAAAAUCGUCUAUUUGAAGGUGAAAAUAACAGUUUGUUGCCUGUGAAAGACAUCACAAAAGCUGUGCUUUUCAAAGUUGCUGGUAUGAUUAUCGUACAUUCAUUGAUUGCUGGUGUUGACACCGGCUUCCCAGUAUUAGCAAAACCAUACUUUUUACACAUGUGUGGUAGAGAUACCGACAGUUUGAUUGAAAGUUUGAAUAAAAGCCACAUACCAGCAAAUGCAACAACUGAAAAUUUGAUUGAAUUGAUUGAAUCACUUGAUCAAUGUAAAACAAAGGACGAUAUAGACAAACUGCUUUACAAGGACAAUCAGAAGCAAGAUGUGUUUUGGUCACUUAUUAAUUCUGCGCAUUGGCCUGCCGACAAGAAUAUUAACAAAGAAAAUGUCCCAUUACUGGUUCAACAACUCAUUUUGAAUGAUGUGAUAUUGUCACGCCGAAACUCUUCAGACAUGUUAUUCGAAGGUUUGAGCUCGUGCAAUUUCUUGAAUACGAUUCGGUGUCAUUGGAAAGUUAUGGAUCAAAUAUUUUGUGCUGGUUAUCGCAUGAUUGAGAGUAAAGAAUUUAUCAAAUGUUUUAGUUUUGACGAACCAACUUCCUUCGUGGAGACACAGGCAAAGAAAUUUUUUCUGUCGUUUAUUGAAAAAAGUGACAUUCACGUCUGGCAUUUUUAG